CUGUGCCAUUGGUGCGUCACAGAGUACAUUGGCUGUUGCUCUGGACCGCGCGCCUGUCUGCAUUUAAUAGGAGUAGAGGGACUACACUGUGGAAACUUGCUCCACGUCUUCAUAUCGCAAAAAUAUAUCGUAUUUUUAUUCGAAGAAGUCUGAAAGAUAUGCAUCCAGACUUAUUUAGUUGGAUCGAAAAGGAAAAUAGUACUUUAUACGUGGAGUAGAGGGCAGUGGAAAAGGUGCAGCCUUACCCUUGUUCGGCAGCAGCCUGUAGCCAAAAAGCAGUGGCAUUCUCGGAACUGUUUUCGCGGAGAUAAUUAAUAAUAAUAAUUUAAAAACAUAACUAUCUGUUACAAAGUGAACUAGGAACCAGAAUGGCUGCGGUGCACAACGGAUCGAAUAUCACGGGGAACUAUACCAAUCAGUUUGUUCAACCUCCCUGGCGCGUGGCGUUGUGGUCGGUAGCCUACAGCUCCGUCGUAACCGUUGCGGUCUUCGGGAAUUUAAUUGUAAUUUGGAUCAUUCUUGCCCACAAACGAAUGCGGACAGUCACAAAUUAUUUCCUUUUAAAUUUGGCGUUUUCAGACGCAUCCAUGGCUGCCUUCAAUACUUUGAUCAACUUUAUUUACGCUUCCCACGGAGAAUGGUACUUUGGAGAAGCUUAUUGCAAAUUCCACAACUUCUUUCCAGUAACUGCCGUGUUUGCCAGCAUAUAUUCCAUGACAGCAAUCGCCGUUGACAGGUACAUGGCCAUCAUCCAUCCCUUGAAACCUCGCCUGUCGGCCACUGCCACCAAGGUGGUGAUCGUGUGUAUCUGGGCUCUGGCUGUGGCCCUGGCCUUCCCUCUCUGCUUCUACUCCACCCUCCGCAGGAUGCCUCACAAGACCAUCUGCUACCCGGCCUGGCCUCGACCCGCGGACGACUCCUUCAUGUACCACAUCAUCGUGAUGGUGCUGGUGUACCUGCUGCCCCUAGUGGUGAUGGGCAUCACCUACACCAUCGUGGGCGUGACCUUGUGGGGAGGAGAGAUCCCUGGGGACUCUUCAGACAACUACCACGGACAGCUCAGAGCCAAGAGGAAGGUGGUGAAGAUGAUGAUCAUCGUGGUGGUGACCUUCGCCCUCUGUUGGCUGCCGUACCAUGUCUACUUCAUCGUGACGGGCCUCCUCAAGGACCUGAACAAGUGGAAGUACAUCCAGCAGGUGUACCUGUCAGUGCUGUGGCUGGCCAUGAGCUCCACCAUGUACAACCCCAUCAUCUACUGCUGUCUGAAUAGCAGGUUCCGGGCGGGGUUCAAGAGGGCAUUCCGCUGGUGCCCGUUCGUCCAGGUGUCCAGCUACGACGAGCUGGAGCUGCGGACGACCCGCCUGCACCCGGCGAGGCAGAGCAGCAUGUACACCCUGUCCCGCAUGGACACCAACACCGUGGUGGUGUACGACCCCGCCGAGGGAAACGCCGGGAGGGGCGGGACUGUCCAGAACCACGCCGCCGCCGCCGACAGGAAGAAGAUCCACGUGGCGGCGCGACGCGACGACUGCAACGGGAAUGGGAGAGCGGUCAAGGCCGGAGUCGCCCCCACUGUGGAGGCCGAGGAGUUCUCCUGAAAGAGAAGCGAGCACGCUCACACACACACACACACACACAGACACAUACUCACGUAUAAUUAGACACACAAACAGAAACACACUCAGGAUAGUGGUGAACCAAGUGCUGUACCAAGUUGUAUCAAGACAACUAAUGAUCAAUGUUUCCAAACAGAACGCACACCCAAGUAAACAUCAGAAACAUGAGAAUUGAAUCUAGUUCACCGGAACAGGUUCAUUGUAGUAGACUUUGUGAACACCAUCAUUUUAGUUCAUCUCAAGUACUGUUAAGCAAGGUCGCCGUGGCGUGCCACAGCUCUGCGGUUUGUCUUGCUUGGUUUGUGUUGUAGUGGUUUCAUAUUUGCUGUUAUCACCUGAGGGUUUCUCCCAUAUCCCUCAUUGAGGGUUCAGGCCGUCAUCACAGCGCCACUCAACCUUGGAACUGAUUAGCAUCUGAAAGGUCGUGGACUGUGGCACUUAGCGAGGGCACACAAAAAAAUUAUCCUUCUUGGACCGAUUAUUUCGUUUAUUUCUUGAGCAGAUUCCACAGUUUACAUGGUCCCGCCAGUGCUGUGUACAUGGUCCACCAUACAUGGUCAUUGGUUUGACCUCUUCUUUUGCGUGAUACUGUGAUAAUGUGGUCAUGUAUCAAUGUCUACAGCCACUUGGAGACUUGGAAUGCCAGUGAUUGAACUUGCAUGAAAAGGUGUAAUUAAGUUUAUGUGACGUGUGUGCUGUUACGGGUUUGUUGCCCAUUCAUUUUCCUGUCAGACCCAGUCAACAUGUAGUACAGCUGACAAAAACACAAGGUUAUUGUCAUGCUGUAUAGGCCAUUUUGAUCUGAUUCAUGAUGCCUGGCUGGGCAUUAUCUUAAAUCGGGACUGUUGUGGUGUUGUCUGUGUGUUUGAAGCGCAGCAAAUAGCUUUCCAUGUGGACAUGUAAUAACAGUGCAAAUCCGGUAACAGCAAAGUGAGUGUGAAAAGGGUUGUACAUAAAAGGACAAAUCUGUCAAAUUCGUUAACAUUACUUUGAUGAUGGCGUACAACGGCACGUGAACUAGCAACAAUGUGUGAAUGUAAAUGUGUGAAUUUCACACCCCUCUGUAAAACCACGAUUGCCUGAGUUUCCGCAGAGCUCCAGCUAAGUGUGUGUUUACAUAGCUGAAGAACAAUGACUGAGUUUCAUUGUAACUAUGGCAAGGAAAGUGUUUUUCCCUCUUUGGAGAGUGUGUGUGUGUGUGU